CCACCAAAGACGGCAGCCACGACGGCCAAUCGCAUCAGGCCGUUGGAGCACGCACCGCGGAAGCACCACCGGCAAACGCUUCGAUUCUGCGAAUCAAGAUUGCGAUGAUCCGGCUGAUGAUGGCUCGAUCUGCACCACCCACGCGCAAACAUGGCCCAUCACCGCGCCGCGGAAGCCCCAACGACCGGGUCGUUGCAACCUUCACCGGGGCAUGCUCCGGUCUGCUCUCGCGAUUGGGACAGUUGAGAGUUUACGGGACGGUUCCUGCAGGCUAUGACGACGCUGGCAUGGGGAGAGGCAAGGAUGCUGAGCUCUGGAAGCUGCGGGAGCUCGCAAAAGACGCUCUGGGUUCUCGAGGUACAAAAGGGCCCGAAGGCCGGGCAGCCCACCAGUUCUGCAAGCUGUUGAAUUUGUGCCUCUCGCCAGUCAACUGUCAAGAUGAAGCUUCAAUUGCUCGCAAGCUCGCUCGCCGUGGCUGCCGUCGGCGCAAGCUGGACGAAAAACAUCAACUACCGCUCGCCUUCGGAGCACCACCCUUCGCUGGGCAUUUCAAUCAACAAGGUUGUCAAGCGCAACGACUACAAGACCUCUUGGAACCCCUCUCAAUUGAAUUUUACCCAUGGAGUUGCUUCUGGUGAUCCCUACCCGGACAGCGUUAUCCUUUGGACCCGUGUUAGUCCUACGAGCGACAACGACAGGUCCAACGUUACCGUCUCGGGCUUCGUCCAGCUGUACGAUCACGAUAACGAAAAGUUUGUCCGCGUCUCGAAGGCACCAGUAUGCGUAGAAUACAAGGUUGCCAAGGACAAGCACCUCCAAGACGUUGUAGAUGGCGGCAAGGUCUACACAUCUUCCGAUGUCGACUACACGGUCAAGGUCGAAGCUAAGAACCUCGAGGCCUACACAAACUACUACUACCAGUUUAACGUGUGCAACUCCCACAACAAAAGCCCCAUCGGCAGGACUAAGACUACGCCCAAUGCCGACGAUGACGUGACCAAGGUUGGCAUAGCAAUCUACUCGUGCUCAAACUACCCCUUCGGUUUCUUCAAUGCCUACGGCAAUCCCGUGCGUAAGGACUCGGUUGAUUACGUUGUACAUCUUGGCGACUACAUCUACGAGUACAAGAAUGGCGAUUACGGCUGGGGCCAGAGCAUUGGCCGUGUGCCACAGCCGGACAAGGAGAUCUUCUCCCUUUACGACUACAGAAAGCGUCUCGCCACGUACCGCACCGACCUUGAUCUCGUUGCUAGCCAUCAACAGUUUCCUUGGAUCCCUGUCUGGGAUGACCAUGAGGUAGCUGAUAACGUGUACCGAGACGGCUCUUCCGAACUCAACAACACCGAGUCAUCCUUCGUCAAGGACGGUGGUGUUUCCGUUGACCAGCGCAAGAUGAACGCCGUUCGCGCUUACUUCGAGUGGAUGCCGAUCCGCCAGGUGGAAAUGGAUGACAACCUUCGUAUUUGGCGCAAUUUCAAGAUCGGAAAGCUGCUUGAUCUUGUUAUGCUAGACACGCGCAACUACGACCGUUCGAUUACCGACUUGUACUGGAAUACAGAUUACGUACAUGACAUCUCUAAUGAUGGAGGCCGCUCGCUCAUGGGUUCACGCCAGGAAAACUGGUUCUACUCGCAGCUCUCUGAGUCGGCGUCUCGGGGCGCAACGUGGCGUAUCAUCGGCUCUCAGAUAGUUUUCAGCCGCCUGAAUGAGUCUGCCGCCUAUGGCGACGCUAAUCCGCUCGACUACGAUGCCUGGGAUGGCUACAUGUCUAACAAGAACCGUACGUUGAGUCAUCUAUACAGCAACAACAUCGGUAACAACAUCUUCCUUGCUGGUGACAGCCACGCAUCGUGGGUCUCAGACCUCGUCUGGCUGGAUGAGAAGCCUUACAAUAAAGAGACUGGCGAGGGCUCCAUUGGCGUUGAGUUCGCAGGCACGGCUGUGACAUCUCCUUGCCCCUACGGCGCCAACAUCUCACUCGCUACAGCCAACAACUACUCCUCUAUUCUCCAGAACUCCAACGACGAACUUCAAUGGCAGGACUUGUACUACCGUGGAUACUACGAGCUACACAUUAGCGGCGAAGAAGUCGUAGCAAACUUUUUCGGUUUACCGACGGUCGUUGAGCGUAAUGGUUGGGAGAUCCCGAUCGCGAACUUCACGGUGAAGGCGGGCGCAAACAAGCUGCAGCGACCUGUCGGUGGAGGUGUGGUGGAAAGCGGAAGUCUGAAGGGUGGAAAGACUGUGCAGACCAAUGCUACGAUUGACACGAACAACGGGACGUGGUUUGUCAGUCAUGCGCCGUUAGAGGUGUUGUGAGCGUUGGUCUUUGGCGAUCAAGUCUGAGAGG